GAAGAUUAGUGGGCAAAGGAAGAAGCUGUAUCCAUCUGGACAUCCAAGGAUUCGUUUCCGACUUUCUGCCAGCCUGUUGCUUGGGAGACGUUCAGCCAUCAUGGAUCUAGUCCUCAAGAGGUCCUGGGUUGGAUUGCUCUUCUUCUUCUCUGUUGGGAUGGUCCAUUCUGAAAUAGAAGAGACAUGUACCACUAAUGAGAUAUAUCAGCCAGAGGCAUUAAUGCAUAUGGUCCAGAACUUCAUGUCAGACGGGAGCAUGAUGGAGGAGGUAGUAGAAAAGGCAAUGAACACCUGGGAUAAUACCAGAACAAUCAAUGGUGUAGGAGGGAUGGAAAUCAAAGAAUUCCACCUCCCUGAAAUUUGCACAGAGUUAAUACCACCCAACGAAAUACAGACGUCCAUUAUUACUACCCUCAUCGUUGCUGAGGAAAGCUUUGUUGAUGAACCUAUGGAGAUCACUAUGGAAUCCAAAAUGAACAUCAAGAUUAAGAUGUCAAAACUUCUCACAGAGUAUAUUGGGACAGAGGAAAUUAAAUGUGAAGAACCGUCAUCCUGCGAAGGGAACCUUCCUGGAAGCUCGCUUUCAAAGAUAGUGGGCAAGGUUGUGAACAUUACACUUGCUGACUUCACACCUGGCAAGGAGAAGCAGAGCCUGGAGGCGGAAUCCGGAGGAAUCAUACUGGAUCAGCGAUCCCAGCCCAGCCUUCCUUGAAUGCCGCUAUCUAAACGCUACCCAUUUACCACUGACCGUAGUUGGCGAGAUUCCUACGGACAGGCAUGAGCAAUAAAAAAACUUAGCAUGUGA